AUGUGGUGCUCUGCAAGCGACAUGUCAUUUCCUUUUAGUGACUCUCAAAAGAAUAGUGAAUUAUGUCCUCGAUGUAAUGAAAAUACUAUCGAUUCGAGCUUGGUCCCAUGCCUUCAUGCUUUUUGCAAGCAUUGUUUAGCUCAGCUAUCAAAUAAUCGUGUUUGGAACCGAACUUUUUUAACAGAAUGCGUAGUUUGUCCAGUUUGCCAUAAAAAUGGAUUUUUACCUAAGGAUUGUGGUCUUGAAACAAUGUCACAAAGUGUUCUGCUUAGUACUAUACUUGGGUUAGUUGACGAUUUCAGUGCCUAUGCUCCCAAAAUUAGUAAUGAGUCUAAUGCAUUGUGUACUUCAUGUGAUGAAGGCAAUAAAACUGUGGCAAAAUGUAAAGAUUGUAAUGAAGUUCUUUGUGAAAAUUGCGUUAGAGCUCAUCAAAGGGUACGCUUGACAAAAGAUCAUUUAAUCGAUACACUCCCAGUUGAUUAUGUAGAUUAUUUUCAACUUCCCACAAAUUCUUUACAGCUUCCUUGCAAACCAUCAAGCUUUUGUGAUAUUCAUCCUUCGAAAGUUCUCAGGUUGUAUUGCGAGAUGUGCAGAGAACCCAUGUGUAAUGACUGCACUGUCGAGUCGAAACAUACGGGGCAUUCGGUGAGCUAUUUACAAGAUGCUGUUGGGGAUUCGAGACAAAAUUAUAUCUGUAUUUUAGAAGAAGCAAAAAAUAAUCUGCGUACAAUAGAAGAAAGUAUUCAAACGAAUCAAAGCUUAGCUGACGAUGUAGAACUUAAGAUACAAAAUGUCGCUGCAGAAAUAAGAACAACUGUGAGAAGACAUAUGUCUGCUCUUGAGGAAAGAGAAAGGGACCUUCUGCGUCAGUUGGAAAAAAUACGGCAGGUGAAAGGUAGAUCUUUGCUAAUGCAAAUAAAGGAUUUGAAAUUGCUUCUGAAGGAUGUAUCACAAAUAAUUGAAUUCAUUCAACGUGUUUUGGAUACGGGAAAUGAUAUUGAUAUCCUCAAAGCAGAAGAAAAAUGUAUCCAAGAAAUGAAUGAGCUGAGACAACGUCGUAACAAGAUGCAGCCUAACGAAGACGAUAACAUAAUUUUUACUCAACCUGAUAGUGCACUUUUAAGUGCAAUUAGUUCCUUGGGUUUUCUUAGCACUUCUGGUUUUGGGCCCAAUUCUGUUGCCGCUGGUGAAGGUUUACAACAGGCUCUAUGUGGCCAUCAAUCAACGUUCCUCGUUCAAAUCAAAGAUUAUUUAGGUGAAUUGCAAGUAGUCGGUGGUGAUGCAUUGUGUGCCGGAGUCCAAGCCCCAGAUGGCACGAGUGUUAAUGCACAUGUCAUAGACAGACAAAAUGGAACUUAUGCUGUUUGUUACAUACCAGAAGUUGUUGGUCAGCAUACAAUAUCGGUUCUUCUUCGUGGAAUGCAUGUCCAACAGAGUCCAUUUCAUGUUAAUGUUCGAAUGGGUCGUAAUUAUAGCCAGGUUGGUAAAAUGUUGUUCAGUUUCGGUGGUGAAGGAGAUAGCGAUGGCAAGCUUUGCCGUCCUUGGGGAGUUUGUUCCGACCGAAGUGGAAAUAUCAUUGUCGCAGAUCGUAGCAAUAACAGAGUACAAAUUUUUAGUAUGGAUGGUACAUUCAAGCUCAAGUUUGGAUCUCCCGGUUCGAGGCCCGGACAAUUUGACAGACCUGCCGGUGUAACAACAGAUCAUUUAGGUCGUAUAAUUGUUGCAGACAAAGAUAAUCAUCGCAUUCAGAUUUUUGAUUCUGAAGGGAAUUUCCUUUUAAAAUUUGGAGAAAGAGGAAGCAAAAAUGGACAGUUCAAUUAUCCCUGGGAUGUUGCUGUUAAUGCAGAAGGGCAAAUUCUAGUUUCUGACACAAGAAAUCAUAGGUUGCAGUUAUUUGCUUCUGAUGGAACAUUUAUCAACAAAUACGGUUUUGACGGUGGAUUGUGGAAACAGUUCGACUCUCCCAGAGGUGUUACCUUCACAUCUGAUGGUCACAUGGUAGUUACAGAUUUUAAUAAUCAUCGAAUUCUUGUUGUGCAUCCUAAUUUUCAGUCGGCUAGAUUCCUUGGGCAAGAAGGAUCCAAUAAUGGUCAAUUUUUAAGACCUCAAGGUGUUGCAGUUGAUCCAGAAGGUCAUAUAAUUGUUGCCGACUCCAGAAAUCAUCGCAUCCAGAUUUUUCAUCCCAAUGGUCAUUUUCUAUGCAAGUUUGGAACUCCUGGAACUGGCCCCGGUCAAAUGGAUCGUCCUUCUGGUGUUUGCAUCUCUCCUGAAGGUUAUAUCAUUAUAGUUGAUUUUGGUAAUAAUAGAGUUCAAGUCUUUUAA